AUGUCUGUUCAAUUACUCCCCAAUAUUCUCUCCUCAAUUCUAUCACUCGGGAAUCAGAGGGAAUUGAUAUUGCUAGGAGAUCUAAAUGCAAGAGCGGGAAGAUCUCGGGAAAGUGACAUAGUUGGGAGGUAUGGAGAGGAAACGCAAAACAAUAAUGGCCUUAGACUUAUAGAGCUCUGCGAACAAUACAAACUCAAAAUCCUGAAUGGGUUUUUCAACCAUAAAGACAUUCAUAGAUACACAUGGCAUCAAGAUACGAGAGGUCUUAAAAGUAUCAUUGAUUAUGUAAUUAUAAAACAAGAAACGAAUUGGCAAAUCAGAGAUACAAGAGUCUAUAGGGGAAUCGAAUGCAGCUCCGACCACUACCUGCUUGCAACAAAAACCCGAAUCAAAUUUAAUAGAGACACGCAAGAUAUUAAUACCUCCGACCAUACCGACAAAAUAGAUCAGAGUAGAUAUAAAAUAGAAGGAUUACGAGAGCCAAGAAUAACAAUCCAGAAUCGUAUAGACCAAAAACUAAAUGACCACUAUCUGACAGCCGAAACAUCCGAAUUAUAUGAACAUGUUACCCAAUCUAUUCAUAAAGCAGCAGCGGAAGCUUUAGGGUACGAGGACACAAAUGCCCGGAAAAACCAUUAUCUGACAUGGAGUGCCCAAUUAGAAGAACAGAAGAAUAUUAAACAACAAGCAUAUUAUAAUAAAUGGUUAGCUACAAAGGAUGAUAACGAUUACAAUACAUACAAACGACACCUACGUGAAUUCAAGAAUCUAAUUCAAACCAAUAAGAAUGAAACCUGGGAAAGAAAAUGCAAAGAAGUCGAAUGUUACAUGGGCGGGACCAGAUCUUCGGAGGCUUGGAACCUAAUUCGUUCUCUAAGAAAGGACAUAUCUACCAAAACCAACAUACAGCCAAUACAAAUGGGUCAGUGGAAAAAACACUAUGAAACGGCAUUAAAAGAAGACAGGGAAGAAUAUUUAAUCGAUCCAGAAGCGCCUUACAUUGUCGAAGGAGAGUACAUUGAGAUCAACAAAAGCAUGUUAAUAAAAGCGAUAAAACACAUGAAGAAUAAUAAGGCACCAGGACCGGAAGGAAUACCGGCAGAGCUUCUGAAAAACGGCUCCCAAAAACUUCUUAUUUACCUGAAAGAACUGUUUACUAGAUAG